CAACCAUAGUAUAUUCAGGACCUAACUUACAUUAUAAAGAGGCCCUUCACUCCCCCACUGGCUAAACUUAACCAUCUUCACCAACUGCAUGCAAUUCACAACAGUCACGAACCAUGGUCGUAAAACACACACACACACUCACACACCUCAUGUAGUUUCUGAGUGAGGAAAUAAGAUGAUGGUCAGGAGAUGAAGAGGCCCUGCUAUUUAUGCUAUGUAGAGAAGACUCUCUGUGCCUUAAUAACAGUACUCCGCCUCACUUACUUUCUCACCCUCUUCUCACCCUCUUCUCACCCUCUUCUCACCCUCUUCUCACCAUCUUCUCACCAUCUCUGUCACCGAGGCAAAAAAUAUCAUCCAAAUCACUCGCACUCACCCUGGGAGCUAGUGGAAUUUAUGGAUAUAGCGGCAACUAGCCCAGGGCUCAUCUACUGUUCAACCGCGUUCAACAUGUGGCUUAAGUACGGCUGAGCGGACGGGAAGCCCUGUUUUCCACACCCUGUGGUC